AUGAUUUCCAAAUUUCUUCUAUGCUUCCUGAUCUUGUCACUCUUUGGUUUGACGGAAUCUUUUUCACCAAGUGCCAUCACACCGCCGGUACUACGACAUCAACGAUCAACCGAUCGAAUCUGUGCUGCAUAUUCAACCAAAAGAAAUGGAUGUGGAAUGCGAUUACCAAAGCGAUCAAUCAAAUUGGCUGCUAGGCUUCCAACAAAUCAAGAGACUGCUACUGAUAGCAAGGCUGCUGUGGGAAUGCCAAUCUGGAGGAGGAUCCGCGGUAUCAAACUCACGGCACAUGAACACUCGAGAUUCCUUUCGAGAAUCCGACGGGUUCUUCCCGCCUUGGGAGUAUUGCUGAUCUUUCCUCUCAAAGCUGCAGCCUCCGAUACCAUGGUGAUGAGUCCCAUGGUAAUGAGCCCUGUUUCAGCAUCCGUUGAGUUUCGAUUGACUAUGCGUCUAGUCAUGGCGGCCCUUUUGGGAGCGGGUCUCGGUAAGGAACGAUCAACAUCGAAGCAAUCGGCGGGGGUGCGAACCAUGGCACUGGUGGCCAUGGGAGCUUCAGCCUUUACGCUUUGCUCGAUCUAUGGCUUCAAUGUCAUUGGUGGCAAGCACGAUCCGGCGCGUAUGGCGUCUCAAGUUGCCAGUGGAGUGGGCUUUGUGGGAGCUGGUGUCAUUACGAGUACCUCUCAUUUGAAUGGACGCAACAUUGUGCACGGACUGACUACGGCAGUUACCAUUUGGCUGUCAGCGGCAGUAGGUGUGGCAUGUGGGACCGGACUGUUUCAAGUGGCAACGGCGGCAGCAGGCUUGACCAUUUUCAUUUUGAAACUCGGACGCCUUCCACCACCAUCUGAAACGACAACAACAACUCAAAAUUUGAACAGCGAAAAUAUCAAACAGAGUGGCACAAACGUCUCUAUUAGGAAACGAGCCAUUCCAUUCAAAUCCUCUGCUACACCUGUCGGCUGUACUGACGAUGACGACUGUUUUUCGGGGAACCACGAGGCGGGGAGCCAUGACAUGGCCGAAUGGGAUGAACAUCAUCACACUGUCCAGAGUAUUUUGGACGACGAGAUGCCACCAAUAAUACAAGAAGCUCGCAAGAAAAUUGAGCAUGAAAAUCACCGAUUAUCCAUGAUUCACGAUGAAGAAGCGGCUGCCUUGAAAAAAGCAGGGUAUGAAGUAUCAAAACACUCAGAGCCUGCUCACAUCAAAAUUGUUGUGGAUGAGGAUCCCGAAAUGGUAGAGAUUAUGCAAAAUGCUUGGAAAAGCAAUAACACAAACAGCCAUGAGAUGCAUGUUAAGCAUAUGCAACGGUUCGCACACGAUUUUGCCAACGAGACUGUCAACACAUCGUCAUAA